AAAAAAAAAAAGAGAGACAGAGAAACAGAGAGGUAGGGACUAGGGAGAGAGGGUUAAGUAAUGUGCUGCCUCUUUUAAACAGUCCCCCUACUUCGCGCUUCCCAACGCUGCAACUUCUUUUAAGGGUUUCAUCUGAACGAAGGAGGUCGAGUAAUCCCCCCCUACCCACCCUAAAACUCACAGAGACAGAGAGAAACAGAGAGUGUUAACGAUGGAUUUGGAUGGACCACUUGAUUUCGAGGACGAAGAUCCUCUGGUUAACCCACCACCAGCGAUAAUUGAGAAAAGGAAGAAGGCUAUUGGUUUGGAUGAUCUUCUAUCUGAUUUUUACAAAGAGAAGAGUAAGCUUAUUGACAAGCAAAACAAGAAGAAACGCAAAGUCUCUAAGGUUUACGAUUCUGAUGAUGAUGAUGAUGAACAAGGCAAAGUAGCUAAGCUUUCUCAAUGUGUUGAUGAGGUUCAUAAUCAGAUGAAUGAGAUAGGUGGUGAAGAAGAUUAUCAAGAAUGGGGGUUAUCUAUGUUUGGAGAUCAGAAACCUCCAAUACCUUCACCGCAUGUUGAUCUCGAUAGCUGCUACUUGUUGAAAGAGUUUAUGAAUAAUCAGUUGAAUCUGAUGGUGGGUCUUAACGUAGAUGAAGGAACGACGUUUCUCGAAGGAUUGCUGGUUAAUGGCUUGCUCACAAGACUGAUCUUGACGUGUGCACGAGUGGAAAAACUCAUAUGCAAAUGGACGCUUAAUAUAUUGUUGUAUUCGUCAAAAGAAGAUCUAAGAUCAUCUGCUUGUGACUUUUGGUGUUCCAUAUUGUUAUCACAGAACGAGGUUAAUGGAGCAGCUCCUGUUGAAAUUAACUGGCUUCCUAACUACCAGGAACUUAAAGAAGCUCUUGAAACAUAUGGGUUCAGAAUUAAUUCUUCACAAGAUGUUGAACUAACAGAAGCAGAUUCUGAGUCUCAAGGUCCUCCUCAGAAUAUUAGAGCUUGGCUCAAACUUGUCACAGCCUGUUGUCUAAUUAGGUUUGUGGAUCCUUCAUUUUCAUUGCCGAUUCGGUGUAAAAAUCCCAUUUUUUCCACUUCACAAGUUGAACAGAUAGCCGAAAUCCUUGUACUACUGCUCUUAGAUCGCGGUCUUCUAGGUCUUUCACUUCUCUUACAAGAGUGCUUAAUAUCUGUUGUUGGAUCCUUCAAAGAUGAAGAAUGGGUUUCAAGCUGCAAGAAAAUAGCAAUCACUCUUGCUUCCAGAGUUCCUCAAGACAUGAAUUGUUUGAGGAUAGUGGAAUCCGUAUCAGGUGUUGAUGCUCGAAGCAAGUAUCUGAGAAGUUCCAUCGCAAAUCAAAUACUUGUUGUCUUACUUGACCAUAAGGACAGCGACGAAAAUUUGUUGAGCUCGCUGAUGUCUAUCAACGUGAAAGAGAAAGGUUGCAACCUUUUCAAAACUUACAUUUUCGUGGUUUUGGCGGAGAACUGGCUCUUCUCCAGUAAAUUGGUAGAAGAAAAGCCGGUACUGAGGGACAUGUGGGCUGUUUUUCUAAGAAACUGUUCUUGUCAGAUCAACAGCACCGAUCUUAGGCCUUAUGCAUCAAAAGUUCGUACCAAAGCCGCCUAUCUUCUUCAAGGAUGCAGCAGCAACUGAAGGGGGUACAUCUGACACUUUAGCAGUAGUUUUCUGAGUAAACUUCGCUAAUCGUAGCUUUUGGUAUAAUUGUAGUCUUUACCACUAAAAACUAAAAUGUAGAACCCUUAAUCUACCCUCCUUUGCAUAUCUUUGUGUCGUUGAUGGAUACUAAGCAAAUCUAUAAUGCUUUGAGUGGUACUAAAAUUCUUAUAUCGUUUUGGGUUUUGUAGUAAUGAUAGCUAUCGUUCUUGAAA